AUGGCGCCUCCCACCGCUUUAUCGUCGCACGAGCGCACACGAGUCGAAGACUACCUGAAUGACAAGAUUCAGGUCCCCACUGAUUUAGAUAGUCUGGGCUCCCUCCUUUCAAGUCUACGUGAUCAGCAACAAAUUCAGCGCAAGCAGCUAGCAGAGGCGCAGGAAGCACUCCAAAAUGCGACCAAAGCAUCCAGCGAUCACAGCGAGGCGACUCGUCAACGGGCCGUGACCUUUGCCGCAGAGCAAGCGGACAUUGACCGCCGGUUGAAAGCCAUCACACAAUCGGACACAAGUGACGAGGCAGUGCGCCGACUCGAGAAGAGUAUGGAGAGACUGCAGCGACUGGAAAUUUCCAGAGGCUACGUGCGCACGCUGAAGGUGGCGGAGGAAUUGAGCAAGCAAGCCCUCAACGACAUACAAACGGACCCUCGCGCUGCACUCGAACCCUAUACUCACCUUCGCAACAUUGUCGGGUCUCUCAAAGAGGCACAGCCCGCUGCCGAAGGUGCUGCUCCCCAUCUCAUCAACUAUACGGAAAAGUUGGCUUUGGCGUUGCGACAAGACCUGAAAAGGAUAUUUGGAGACCGACUUCGGAAAACCCUAGAUCAGAUGAAAUGGCCGACGAGACAGCUGAAUAUCACCGAAAGCUUGCUGAGUCAAUGGAGGCAGGAUGUCGAGCUUCUCAUUGAUCUACAGAUCCCGGAAUUACCGGCUCACGAUUCCUUCGGUCCAAGCCACAGCCUCGAGCCUCCAGUUCUGUUCCCAUUGGAAGUAAUGGUGCAGCCCCUUGACCUUCGCUUCAAGUAUCACUUUAGCGGUGACAAACCUACGAACAGACUUGACAAGCCGGAGUACUUCCUUGCCCAUAUCACAGACCUGGUCAAUCAGUUCAGUGGCUUUGUCAUAUCUCACCUCCAGCCGGUUCUAGACCAGAAAGCUCAGUCCGUGGAGCCAGACUAUGAGUGGAACUUCUACAGUGCUUCACAUGCUCUCAUCACGGCUUUGCUCCCACUAUUAAGGCACAAGAUCGAAACUUUCAUGCCUCAAGUCGCCAAUCACCCUCACUUGCUGAGCCAUUUCGUUCAUGAGCUGAUGAACUUUGACACCGAUCUUCGCGAGACGUGGAAUUAUUUGCCAGAUCCGUACACAGAGGACAAUUGGAAGGGCAUAGCUUGGGACGUGCUCACAAAGCAAGGAUGGUACGAUCGAUGGCUCCAAGUAGAGAAGGAGUUCGCAUUGGCUCGAUACAGAGAUAUCAUCGAGACACCGAACAGCGGCGAAAUCGACUAUGACGGAAUGGAGCCCCAUGUCACCAAACCGACCAAGGCUGCAAUCCGAGUGAAUGACCUACUAGAGACGAUUACCGAGCGAUAUCGGCCAUUAUCAUCAUUCAGUCAAAAGUUGCGUUUCCUGAUCGAUAUUCAAAUCGCCAUUUUCGAUCAAUUCCACGGGCGUCUUCGCGAAGCUCUAGACGCCUACCGGACAAUGACCUCCGCUUUAGGCCGGACGGUGCAGGGAGCUGAGGGCCAGGCUAGUGUGGAGGGCGUUGCGGGUCUUGAGCGGCUUUGCCGAGUAUUUGGCAGCGCUGAAUAUCUUGAAAAGAAAAUGGAGGACUGGAGCAACGACGUAUUCUUUGUCGAGCUGUGGACUGAACUUCAAGACCGAGUGAAACAGAACCGUGACGGCGGCCGCAAUGUAGCCGGUAGCAUGUCUGUGGCAGAGGUCGCAUCGCGUACCUCGCCUGCGGUUGGACAUCACGGACCCGUCAAUGCGCAGACAUCCGAGGGUGCGCUUUUCGACGAGACGGCUUCGGCGUACCGACAUCUUCGCUUGCAAUCGGAGUCGAUCAUCACAUCAACCUUGGCUUCAAAUAUAACAACGGCCUUGAAGCCUUACUCGCGCCUGGCGAUUUGGACAUCGCUGUCCAUUCCCUCGGCUGGGGUAGCGGCGUCGUCGCUCCCCGUCUCGUCAGAAUUGCCAGAUGCAAUGCGCAUCCUGUCAACCGAGCUCGGCUUUCUUUCAAGAGCUCUUGGGGUGGCUCCUCUGCGUCGCGUCUCGCGCCAUCUCCUCAUUUCGAUUCAAAACUACAUUUACGAUCAUGUGCUGAUGCGAAAUCACUUCUCUGAAGCGGGUGCCGCACAAUUGUCCAGCGAUGUUCAUCACCUAUGCACUGUCAUCGAUAAUCAGCUAGGCGAUGGGGCUGAGUCUUCGCGUAUCAUCAAGAAGCUGACCGAUGCAAUUCGCCUGUUGAAUAUGAGCGCUGUCGCCAACGAGAGCACGGAAGGCGGAGAUUCGCCAUUGAAUUUGUGGGAGGCCGAAAAGAGGCUGUUUACAGAUAAUGAAAGCGCUCGGUCUGUGCUUGCGGAACUUGAGAUUGAAAGUCUGACGGAGGCCGAGGCGCGUUCUAUCCUUGAGAAGAGGGUCGAGAUUGGCAAAUAA